ACCAAUAUACGACCGGUUAUAAUUAUGUUUACUUGAAAGAUAAACAUUCUUUUAGAAAGAUUACAUCUUAGAUUUUUAAAAUUAGGAGGAAAUACUCAGGCAUGGAUUCAAAAUUAAUGUCCAUUUUAGUUAACAAAUUAUAUACUGAAUGGAAAAUAUUUGCAUAUGGAACUGGUAUAAAUUUACACAUAAUUGAAUAUAUUGAUCUUAGUGAAGAUAAUGAUCAAAUUAAAAUGCAAAAAUUUCUAACAGAGCUAGUUGAUCGGAAUGCAAAUAACUAUAUUGCCUUAGUGGAAAAAUCUUUAAAGGAUUUAGGAAAAAUUCAUGUUUUGAAUGAGAUAAAAACAUUUUUGGCAAUUAAACAGUUAAAGUUGCAUUACAUCAAAACUUAUGGAGCUUUUCAACAAACAAAUUACAAACAAGAAAAAAGUUAUCAAACCAAUCACAAACAAGAAAAUAAAGGGCGAUUAAAUCACAUUGAAACAAAUUUUUUUACAAAUCAUUUUAAUUUUGUUCAAGUGAAUAAAAGUGAAUGUAAAAAUAAUGAUGAUUGUAAUGAGUGGCAAGAUUUUAUUAACAAGAGCAGAGUCUAUAAAACAGUGACUUUAGAAAAUAUUUUCAAGCAAGAGAAGCCAUUACUUUUGAUUUCUGGUGUUGCUGGAAUUGGUAAAACAUAUUUUCUCAAGAAGUGUCUACUUCUUUGGGCUAAUGGAUUAAUUUGGGAAAAUACAGAUUUUGUUUUUUAUUUUUCAUUAAAAAAGAUAAAUGAUUAUCAAAACAUUUCAUGUAUAAACAAACUAAUAUAUAAUUUUUAUGGAAAUAUUUUGAAGACACAAGAAAUUUCAUCACAAUGGUCAAUAACUAUGAUACUUGAUGGAUUAGAUGAAUUUAUUCACAUUAAAAGCUUGCUAUAUUACAAGUUAGGUAAAUCUUGUAAUAUUCCAAUAGCAAACACAUUGAAUAAUAUAAUUUGUUCAAAUGAAAUUAAAUGUGUUCUUGCAGGAAGAACUCAAACUAUAGGUACAUACUGGAAUUCAAAUAAAACUAAAGAAAACAUAAUUGAAAUAAUGGGAUUAAGUUACCAAGGAAUGCAAUUUUAUAUAGAAAAUAAUCUAGUUACUAAUACUCUAAAAAAUGAUUUAAACAAAAUUUCGUCAUCAUCUUUUGAAGCAAAAUUGUUACUUUCUGUUCCUCUUUACCUUAAAGCAGUGUGUUCAUCAUUAUUGAAUCUGAUGAUUCAAACUGUAAAAACAUUGACUGAGCUGCAAAUGUUGAUUUUUUAUUACUUUUUGCAACAAAAAAGCUUAUCAACUAAUGUAUCUUUAAUUGAAAUGAUGCAGUCUAACCAAUUGUACAUCCUAAAGAUAAGCAAAGUUGCAUAUAUUAUGUUAGAAAAAGGUAAACUUACAGCUUUGAGAAAUGAACUUGAAGCUGUACUUGAUAAUCAAGGAUUGGAAUGGAUUGGUUUCAUAAACAAAUCAAAUCUCACUCAACAAUACAAGUUCACUCAUUUUAUCCUUAUGAGAUUUUGUGCUUCUGUUUAUUUGUGUUUAUAUGGAAAUCCUCAAACAGUAUUCGAAAACAAAUGGUUGAAAACGUGUUUACCAAUUGUAUGUGGAAUAGGGUAUGGAAAAAAGUUAAAUGUAUUGAAUUUAAUAAGUAACUUGAAAGAAUCUGUUCAAGAGAAUAUUUGGCUUCAAAUAAUUUUAGAAAACGAUGAUAGAAAAUUGUUUGUUCAAAGUUUCUUCGAAUCCCAAACAACAUUUAAUGAUCUAAAAAUAUCAAUGGAUUUAAUGAAAAAAUGGAAUGAAACAAAUCCGGUCCUUGAAACAAAUCCGGCCAUUGAAACAAAUCUGGCCCUUGAAUAUGCUGAUAUUAUAGCUGAAAAAUAUUUUACUGAAAAAAUUGAAGAACACGAUAAAGAACUUGAGUAUAAUAGUAUGAAAACGCUCUUUGAGAAAAUCAGUAAAAAAAUAACUAAAAGCUUUGAAGAAGCAAGUUGCUUAUACGAUAAGAAACAAUAUGAAAAUGCAAAGAAAAUUUUUACAGAAGUUGAAAGCAUCCAAAAAGAAGUUUUAGGUGAGAAACAUCGGGAUGCACUGAAAACUAAGUACUGGAUUGCAAUGUGUUUAUAUAAAGAAGAACAAGUUGAUAUCGCAGAAAAGUUAUUCAGAGAAGCAGAAAUUAUGCAACAACGCGUCUUAGGAGAAACACACCAAGAAACGCUGAAAACUCAAUUCUGGAUUGCAAUGUGUUUGUAUGACAAACACCAAUUAGAUGAUGCGGAAAAAUUAUUUAGAGAAAUCGAAAAUGUUCAAAGAGAAGAUUAUGGAGAAAAAUAUGAAGAUGCAGUAAAAAGUAAAUACUGGAUUGCAAUGUGCUUAUACUAUAAACAACAAAUUCAUCACGCAGAAAAAAUAUUUAAAGAAAUAGAAAUUAUGCAAAGUGACAUUUUUGGAGAGGAACAUGUAAAUACCCUAAAUACCAAGUAUGGUAUUGCGAGAUGUUUAUACGAUCAAAAAAAUUUUGACGACGCGGAACAAAUAUUUAGAAAAGUAGAAAAUAUCCAAAAAGAAGUUUUAGGAGAGAAACAUGAAGAUACACUGUAUACCAAAUACUGGAUUGCAUUGUGUUUAUAUCAUAAAAAAGAGUUCGAGCUCGCAGAUAAAAUAUUCAGUGAAGUAGAAAAUACUCGAAAAGAAAUUUUAAAAGAGGAAGGUAUGAAAGCGCUAAAUACUCCAAAUACUAAUAUGCUAAAUACUGGAGUACAAAAAUCUAUUUCUCAAUGUUCGUUGAUGUGAAAUUUCUUAAUAUCAACGAAUUUUAUUUUGGACAAAAAAAGUUGUAUAUAUUUUUUUUAUUUUCUUUAUUUUAUAUUUC